GUCAAGCAGUCUCUGUCUGCUUUAGAUUUUUUUUUUGUAAGUGACAUAUAAGAGUUAACCGGAUUUGGGUUUGAAUAUCUGAAGCAAGGGUACUUGACACAAAUGACAAACUUUUGCGGUUCCCAGUACUCAACCUUGUCUGCUGAAACACCAAAUGUGGCAAACGCAAGUACAGAGUUGGGUGACUUGUUUCCACCUACUGACUCCCCAUCUUAGUCCAUGUCUAGCCUUUUCUCCUGCCACACCCUCAGCUAGCUACCAACCAGCUCGUUAUUCAAAUCCAGCUAUUCUGGUCGCAGUCAGCGUAAUGGCAGCAGCUACUUCAUCAAAGCUGAAGUGUUUCUCCUGCUUCUUCAACUUGAUUUUUGUUGCCAUAUUCUUCCCCAACGUGAACUCAGGAAAUGCACAGAACCUCCUCCCUGCACGAUCCUUCGCAAAAGCUUUCUUUUGUUUCAACAACAGAUAUAUUUAUACUGGAUGCGACGAGGCUUUUAGACUGAAUGAGAGUGGUAACCUGAACGUACCUCGUGAAGCUACCAACAUCUUCUGCACCGGACCUUGCUUAGCUGAGACACAGUUGGUGCUUCAAUGCGUUGACAACGUUUUAUCAGACUUCACGUUUUAUAACCAGUCCACUGUUCGAGAUAUCAGAGAUGUACUCCGUGCUGGUUGCAGCUACACCAGCAGAAGAGGGAAUUUCGAUGUGGAGAAUUAUUUCCAGGGUGAAAUAAGCAAGGCACCUGGAUUGUGCGAGUUCAUGAUCAGCUUGUCUGCAUUAACGUCGAUCAUUGGGUUUCAUAUUCUGAUGAUAUAGCAGCUCUAUGGCUAUAGGAAAAAACAAUAUGUAUUCUUCUGAUGGUGUUCAAAUCCAUCUUCAAAUUUUACCUUGACAGAAUGAUGCUUGCUCUGUUUUAAGUUACACAAACAACAAAAUAGAUUCAUGAUUUUAGCAGCUAUGACUGCUUCAAUAUGUACAA